AUGAAAAAUUAUCGUCUGAAAAUUAAUAAAUAUGCCGAAUUCUUCCACGAGAAAUUGGUUCAAACUCUGAACGGCUUCAAUCGCACCAAUUUUAAACCAAUACAGGAUGGAGUUAGAAUCGAGGAACCUGUCAUAUUCAUCGAACCAGCGAACGUUGAAAUGCCAUCGAAAGUUGACUGGAAGAAGAAAGACAUGGUUACUCCAGUGAAAGACCAAGGUCACUAUGAAACGUGCUGAUUCUCUCGAUAACCGGUGCUUUCGAGGGUUAACCUUUCCAAAAAAACUGGCGAACUGAUUUCGCUCUCAGAGCAGAAUCUGGUCGAUUGCUCUGGUAAAUAUGGCAACAACAGCUGCAGUGGUGUAAUGAUGGAUUCGGUGUUCCAAUAUAUUAAGGGAAACAAUGGUAUCAAUACAAAAACUUGCCAUAAUAACCUGAAAGCUGUCGGAGCUACUGAUAAGGAAUUCGUUGAUGUUCCUCAGGGUGAUGAAGAAGCUCUGCAGAAGGCUUUGGCGACGGUAGGAUCAGUGUCUGUUGCUAUCGAUCCUUCUCACGAACCGUUCUUGUUCUGCUUGGAAGGUGUGUACUAAGAGCCACAGUGCGGCUCAUAGACCUCAGAUCACGAUGUUUUGGCUGUUGGGUAUGGUACUAGGGAUGAUGGAGAUUAUUGGCUAGUGUAG